CAUUGUUUGUCAAUAAAAGACAUGCCCUUCAUUACGAAACUGUUGUAAAAUUAAUUUUAAAUCAUGUUUCGUCGAACUUUUGUUCGAUUUUAUUGCGUUGCUUCGAAUAAGGCAAACAUCCUAAAAACUCUCAAGGAACACUCUCCAAAGAUAAAUAUUGAAACAAUUUCCUCUGCAUUGGAUCAAUUUCCAAAUCUCACGAAUUUUCAACCAUUACAAUGGGAAAAGACUUUUAGUUUUUUGAUAAAUCAACAGAAUUUUCCGCACGAAUCUUGUAUCAACAUCGUUUCGGCAUAUCCACAAAUCUUUACAACAUCUCUCGAUACGACAUUCAAGCAACUCGAAGCAUGGCGCGGAUGUCAAUUCGGCGAAAAACGAUUGCAGGAUCUCAUUUGCAAGCAUCCAGCGUUAAUUCAACACGGAAAUGAGAAGCAAUUAUCGCGUCGCAUGGCAUUUUUGCAAGGUUACGUUCAAACCCCGAAAAAUGUUUGGCGAAUAAUGAUGAGUAGUCCUGAAGUUGCGAUUCAAUCUGAAGAAACGUUGGCAGCCAAAUUCAAGUAUUUGAUCGAAACGAUGCAAGUUGAAGUUUCAGAAAUUGUAGAUUCGGAUGUUUUCUUGCACGAUUUGGAACACAUCAAAAUGCGACAUAUUUUCAUGCAACGAUUGGGUCUGUAUAAAGUGAAGAGUAAACGAGCUGAUGUGAGAAAAUCAGAAAAAAAUUCAAAUCCAAGACUCAACAGAAUCGUUGACACCUCAGAUAAAAAAUUUGCAACGAAAAUAUGUUAUGUGACUUUGGAAGAAUAUGAAGUUUUUCAAGAAUUGCUUCGUCGUGAAUGGGAAAGACAAGAUUUAGACGAUGAAGAUGAAGAUUUUGAUGAAUUACAAAAGGAACGAGGAAUAGAUAUAAUGUAAUACGAUAUUUCAGUCAAAAAAUCGAAAAAUUAAAAAAAUGUUAGUAAGCACUUUAUAUAGGUCGUUUUCCAACAUCAUUUGCCCAACUGAGCUUGGGUGGUCCUGAGUGCAGCCUUCAAAGCUGUAGUCGAUUAGCGUCGAAAUGGUUCGAUUCCAUCUGUUGGGCGAACUUUUUUCUUUCUCUCAAGUUUUUCUGCAUCCUUCAAAACCUCCAUUUCCAUAUCGACUUGAUUUUUCCAACGUUCCUGUACGACAAAAGGACCAAAAAUAAGGAUUGAAAAUUGAUACUUUUGAAACGCAAACUCAAACGCUACUUUUUCAAAACUGU